UCUUGUUCCUCUUAGAGUUUCCUUAAGUCUAUGCUGAGAGCCAAGUACUUCAGUUCCACCACAAGAACCCAGGAGUUAGCCAUAGGAAGGAGACCUCAGCUGGUGACAUGAUCCCAGAAAAAUUAUCAAACUGGAAUAUUUCCUGUAUCAGAGGCAUGGUUUGAAUAUGCAAUUCUCACCUUUGCCUCUAAAAACAGUUGGGAUUUUUGGUGUGAUAAACCAGGUGCAGACAAAAUGGAAACCAAUGACUCCAUCCCUCUGCAUGGAUCAGAACUGGUGUUCUAUGAUUUUACCAUCUCCAGAGUUCCAUGGAUCCUCUCGUUGGUUGUUUUCUCCAUCACUUUUUUCCUUGGCGUGCUGGGCAAUGGACUAGUGAUCUGGGUAGCUGGAUUCCGGAUGCCACACACUGUCACCACUAUCUGUUAUCUGAAUCUGGCUUUGGCUGACUUCUCUUUCACAGCGACUCUACCAUUCCUCCUCGUCAAAUUGGCUAUGAAAGAAAAAUGGCCUUUUGGCUGGUUCCUGUGUAAAUUAGUUCACAUUGUGGCAGAUAUAAACCUAUUUGUAAGUGUCUUUCUGAUUGCUGUCAUUGCCUUGGACCGGUGUAUUUGUGUCCUGCAUCCAGUCUGGGCUCAGAACCACCGCACUGUGAACCUGGCUAGGAAGGUGGUUGUUGGACCCUGGAUUUUAGCUCUGAUUCUCUCUUUGCCUCCUUUCUUCUUCUCGACUACACUUAGAGUUCCUGGAGGGGAUGAGUACUGUAUACUCAACUUUGCAUCCUGGGCUAACACUGAUGAAGAAAUAUGGGACACGGCUAUCACUUUUAUAACAGCUACAGGGAUCAUCAGGUUUGUUAUCGGCUUCAGCAUGCCCAUGUCCAUCGUUGCCAUAUGCUACGGACUCGUCGCUGUCAAGAUCCGCAGAAGAGCCCUCGUUAAUUCUAGCCGUGCAUUACGAGUCCUUAAGGCAGUUGUGGCUUCCUUCUUUAUCUGUUGGUUUCCCUCUCAUCUGGUGGGUCUUUGGGGCACUAUCUGGUUCAAAGAGAUGUUUAAUGGUAGUUAUAAAAUAUUUAACAUGUUCGUUUGCUCAACCAGCUCAUUGGCUUACUUCAAUAGCUGCCUCAAUCCGAUGCUCUAUGUUUUCAUGGGCCAGGACUUCCGGGAGAGACUUCUUCAUUCCCUGCCUUCUAUUCUUGAGAGAGCCCUGAGUGAGGACUCUGGCCCAACCAGUGAUACAGUCACCAGUUCUGCUUCACCUCCUGCAGACACUGAGAUGAAGGCUAUAUGAAGCUUGGGAUGCGGAAGCUUUCAUUCCACCUCAGUCCCAUGCCACUUUUGUCUUACCCUGUGUUGUGCCCUAGAGCAUUUUUAAUCUGAAAAAGUGUUUCUGUGGUUCUGAAUUUGGGGAAAGAAAUAAAAGUCAAAGUUAUUAUCACUGUU